CACAAAUCAACCAUCAGAGAAGCAAAACUGUAACAAUGGAGGCAGAAAGGGCAGUAUUGCAGUGUGGAGAUUGUGAAACUCUACUUAAGUCCGCAGAAGAAGCUCAACAGCAUGCAAAGAACACAUGCCACACCAACUUCCGUGAGUCGAAUGAAGCCAUUCUCACACUCGUUUGCACUGUUUGUCGCAAAACUUGCACCUGUAAAACUGAGAGUGAUUAUCACACGAAGAGGACUGGGCAUGCUGAAUUUCAGGACAGGACGGAAGAGGCAGCGGAAGAGGAAGCGAGAAGAGUCCUGGUGAAAUACUGUCAGAAACUGGCAGAAGCUAUUAAGAAGUAUGCAAAUUAUUUCCUUAAGAGAGGCAUGCAAUUCCUCGAGCCAUUUGGUGGACUGUUUGGCUUGAAAGAAAUAGCAGAGUUUUUGAAGGCAAUAGGAGAGAUAUUCAUAGCCUUAAACAAAGAUAUACUUGCAUUCUUUAACUGCAAGAAAAUAGAAGCUUUAAAAAUGGAUACAAUGAGGUUGAGUUCAUUGCCAGUCAGUCCAGCUACAAAAGCUGAGCAGAUGAGUGAGUGCCUGUGGACUAUCAAACAGAAUCACAUGGAUGAUGAGGCCAAAGUGAAGACCGCUUUUAACACACUGCUAACUUUUGCUAAGAAUGUGGCGACAAAUCCGGAUGAGGAGAAAUACCGUAAAAUUAGACUCAGUAAUGCUCUUUUCCAGGAUAGGGUUGGCAAACUGCAAGGAGGUAUCGAAUUUCUUGAGCUCUGUGGAUUUGAAAGAAUUGAAGGGGGUGAAUUCUUGUACUUGCAAAGAGAAAAGGUGGACAUGGAUGUGCUUUAUUCAGCUGGGAAUGAGUUGAACAAUGCAAUUAUGUAUGAUUCAUACAUUAGUUAAACAAUAAAACAAAACGUAUCAAGUUGUGUAAGUAUAACAUGGUUUCUCGUUAUAUAUGGAUAGGGAUUUCGAAGUGGUGAUGAGGUUGGAAGAUAUAUUUUUCUUUUUGAAUUUAAAUGGAGAAACAUGAUUAGUGAGAAUUCAUAUAGUCAAUCCCAAUUUGUUUGAGACUGAA